GUUGAAGACGACUGGCUGAGAGGCAUGGAAGUCUUGGUAUUAGAGAUUGAAGACCCAGGUUGCUUCUGGGUUGCUAUGAAGGGACAUGGACCUUACAUAAUUGAUGAAACAGAGUAUGAAAGCUUGCAUGCUGAAAUGAAUCUGUUCUAUGACAUGUCUUCUCAAGAUGUGGAUGAAGUCAAACCAGCAACAAUAGAAGAAGACCAGAUUUGUGUGGUUUUCAGCGAGGAACUCAGAUGCUGGUGUAGAGCAGUUAUUAAGUCAAUCAUCUACUGCACAGAUCAUUAUCAAGCAAAGUGUUUCCUUGUGGAUUAUGCAAAAUACAUUUUUGUGAAAUCAAAGGACAUUCGAGUUGCACCAAAAGCCUUUAUUCAGAAGCCAUAUAGAGCAAAAAAGUGCAGACUGUAUUGCACGAAGCCCGUGACGUUGCAUGUCAACUUCUAUGAAGACACUGCAAAAAUGAUACCAACUGAAAGAUGGGACAGUGCUGCUGUUAAUUAUUUUCAAAACCUUCUCAAAGCAGCCACUGAAGUAAAAGUCCAGUUAUGUGCUGUAGAGGAUAGCACAUACCAUGUUUUUCUUUAUGUGACCGUGAAAGAUGAAAAGCUAUGUGUCAAUGAUGAUCUUGUCACACAUAACUUUGCUGCAUUUGAGGAAGCUGAGGAGAACACAAGGAGUUCUGUGGAUCGUAAGGAGAACCUAACGCCAUUAAAUGUCCAAUCUCUUCCAGUGACAGUUGUUAAUCCUGCGCUUGCUUUCAGGCCAGUGCUGUUUCAGAAGUUGCCGACAAAUCCUGAGAUAGAUCUUGCUGCUACCAAAUGCUUUCAUAUAGAGACAUGCCAAAGAUUAAGUACAGCUGUAGAUGGAAGUACUGGAUUUACUGUCAAAGCAAUUCCAGGUUUGUCUCUCGAGGAGGAUCCAAGAGUUCACACAGAUGGGCUUCAGCAACCCCUGAAUUCUGAUCCUCUGAAGGCACACAUAAUAAAAAAUUGCGAACAGAGCUCUCAAAAUCUCAGUGAAGAAAGAAACUUUGUGUUUCUUAACAACAAAAUUGAACCACUGUCACUUCUGGAAACAGCACCACUGUUCAACGACCUGAGAAAGGAACUUGCUCGGAAAAAAUUUCUAUGCCUUAGCUUUGCAGAAUCUUACUGUUGGCCACCAGUAGCUCGAGGAUGUGAUGUAGUUGCCAUCUCCUGUCAGGGAAAUGACCCUUUGAUGUACAUUCCACCACUUCUAACAUGUUUGCAGUCGGAGAGUUGCUACAGAGCCUUGCCAAAGAGGGAUGGUCCACUAGCACUGAUUUUAUGUCCUGGGUGGAAGAAGGCACAACUUGUUUUUGAGCUGCUGAAAACAUAUGGGAUGUGCUGCAGACAGCUUCAUCCAAUGUUGGUAAUACUUGGGCAGAACAAAGAAGCUGGAAGUGUGAAAAUCCAAGGAUGCGAGGUCAUCGUGAGCACACCGUACAGCCUCCUGAGACUGUUUGGGCACCAGGGGUUGUUAUUCUGCCGACUUCGCCAUCUAGUUCUUGAUGAGAUUGACAUGCUGUUCUCUGAUGCUGCUGAGCAGGUUUUUAGUAUAUUAGAUUGUUACAAGAGAGCCGUUGCCGCCGAGAAGCAGAAGUGUUCACCAAGGCAGAUCAUCGCUGUCGGAACUCACUGGAAUCAACAUAUAUCACACUUAACAGAGGAGUUCAUGAACAAUCCGUAUGUUGUGAUAACAGCUGUGGAGGAAGCCUCCAUCUACAGAAAUGUGCAACAGGUUGUGCAGCCUUGCAUGAACAGUGAGAGAUCUGCUGUAUUACUCAAAAUACUGGAGUUUACUACCCCCAGAGAUCUUCAGAAGGUACUGGUGUUCACAGAUUCUGUGAAUGAAACAGAAAUGGUUCAUGAGGCAUUGAAGAGCAGCUCAAUGAUUUCCUUGAAAACACAUAAAGAGUGCAAAUUUAAUUUCAAGUAUAUAUUAGAGCAGUGGACAAAGAAGCAUGGUUCUGGCACUCGUACUGUGUUGGUUUUAACAGAUGAUUGCAUGCAGUCUUUGGGAAUUACAGAUGCAAGUUGUGUGAUACAUUUCAGCUGGCCUUCCCCAAGAACCUUCGCUCAGCGUCUACACAGUAUGUCUGACAACUUCUGUAAUGUGUUAAAGGAGGCUUCUGCAGCUCAGGAACACACAAAGGCAAGAUCAGUGAUUCUAUUGACAGAAAAAAGCGAUGGUCAUGCGCUUGAGAUCCUGCAGUAUUUGCAGCGUGCAGGAGCUGAAAUUCCACCAGAACUGCGUGAUUUUACUGCCAAGAUGCUAGAAGCUGAAGAAGAAAAGAAACUUUCAAGGCCACUGUGUGCUUAUCUUAAAACAUUUGGGAUUUGCAAGAAUAGAACAAUCUGUCCAGAUCGUCAUCAGAUUAAUUUGCAGAUAGAUGUUGUCCAGAAAGUCCUGGAUGAUAAAAUCACCCAGCUGCCUGGAUGUGUGACAAUCCUGCCUCUCAACAUCAUAAAUGCAACCAACUACUCCGGCCGAAUAGUAAAUAAAGAAAUGGACCAGUAUACAAUUCUUGCUAAAGAAAUGAAGGAGUAUUUUGAGAAACCUAAUAAUAAAAUUUCAGCUACCACUGUGCAGAAGCUAGGGUUUUAUGGGUUGUGUGAAGAAGCAUCUUUCCACAGGGUUCAGGUAGUAGAGGUUGCCCCAAAAGAGGAGGAAAACUUAUUCUUCAGUGUCAAAAUCAAAUAUAUAGAUGAAGGCAGAACACGUCAAGUUGAGAACUAUCAUCUGCUCCACUUACCAGCAAAGUUUCAGUGUCUGCCACCUCAGGCUGUGGAAUUUGUACUUUGUAGAGUGAAACCCAUUGAUAACGAACUUGAAUGGAACCCUAAGGUAACUCAUUAUAUUGGUCACAAAAUUAAAGGCAAACUGCAUGAGGCAAAAAUAGUGCAUACCUUGGGAAAUACAGCCUGGGUUGACCCAAUGGUCCGGGUCACCAGGAUUUCAGCUUUGAAGGUAACAAUCAACGAGUACAACGUUCGAUCUGAGAUCUUGUCUACAGGUCUGGGAGCUGACAAUCCAGAGCAUGUAGCACAACUUCAGAAGUUGUGUGGAUACUUGAAAGUAGUGGAUUGUGCAGAAAACUCUGAGCCUUUAGGCAUAAAGGAGGGUACAGGUGGUCCAGAAAGGGCAUCCAGUCCACAGAAUGUGUCAAUGCAAGGAAAUUCUACUGAAAACUGCAAUUCUUCUGAAAUUACUGUUGGGAAUAAUCCACGUGCUGGUGUAGCUCGAACUCAAGGAGCAGAAGAGACAACUCUGCAGCAGCGUAAAUGUUUUUAUCCAGAAAUGAAGUGGUUUCAAAAUGAAGACACUGUUACAGUCAAGGUAAAAAUAGCAGGGGUAGCUGACUGUAAAUGUGAGUUCUCUAAAGAGAAGGUGGUUUUCAGUGCUUGUUCAGGAGACAAACUUUAUUUGGCUGAUGUGGAGCUGCAUCAACAUAUACUUGCAGAAAGGUCCACCUGUGCAGUUGAAGACAAAGAGGUGGUUAUUGUUCUCACAAAAGAGAAAAAAGGAGCGUGGUGCAAGUUACUGAAGAACAAGAACCACCAUGUGUCCUUUGAUUUUGAACACUGGCAAGAACUUGAGGAUAAAAGCCCUUUUUCAGCUGGUAAGAAAGAACUACACUGCGCUGCUACAGUACCUGAAGAAGUGACUGACUACUCAGAAGACAGUGGAACAGAAGAUGAUGAGUAAUUUGGAGAUUCCUUUUCCUCUGAUAACAAUUAAACCUCAAAGUAGUA